UUAGAAGCAAUACACUUGUAAUUGAUUCUAUCUAUCUACCUUGACAUACUUAUCCUCUAGCUAUUCGAUAUUCGAGAAUACUCAUUCGAAGUAUUCAAUAAUUUAUCUUCAAUAAUUUAUUCAUUUACGUAAGUUUCCCUCAUUAUCCUGUCCCAUCCACCAACACUUAGUCGGUCCAUUUUUCUUAAUUUCCUGAGCACUUAACUUCGGCACUGAAGGGAGGCUAUUUUACAAUACGUACUCAAUUCACCGUGAUCUCAUACGAAGCAAGGCGUUAUCUGUAGUAGUUGAGAUUGCAUCCAAUAACAAGGAUUCAAACAUAGCUAGACACAUAUAAUAUUAACAAUGUCGUCUUCGAACGUUUCCGGACUUUGCUUGCAAAAGCAAAAGCAACAAGAAUAUCAAGAUGAUAUUGAAGUGGAGGAUACGAUUGUAUCACCACUUGUGGAGGGCAGCUCGUGAGUACACCCAUCGAUGCGUUCACUCGCACCCCUCCCCUCCACCUUGAGUUCAUUCUCUUGCGUGACAGGCUUGACUAAUUCAACGUAGCGAGGCAGCUUGUGCCUUCGAAGAUGUCCCACACGAAAUCUUCGCGAUGAUCAUGACCAGACUUGAUCCCAUCUCUCAAAUCUGCUUCUCGUUGACCGGGUCCCGCUUCCGACAAAUAUUUAAGGGCCUCGCAGCUUUCGACCAAUAUCUGCUUAGCCAUGGCGAUCGAUGCUUUCGCGCCUUUAGAUGCUACUCUGCACGCCUCUCCGUGCCUUUGAGCAUCCAAGUAUCCGAAUGCGAGGAAUACAUCUACGAUCUGGACUCGGGAUGUAAAAACUCCAUGCCAUUUGACUAUGAUUCAGUGGAAUGGGGUCCCACCCUCGCAGACUAUCUGUGGGACGAGUCAUUUUUCUGGAGCGGCGGUGCAAAAUGGUGCCACGAAUGCUACAGAAUUUUGCCGCCCACAAGUUGGGACCAGUGUGAGUUUGAGAAGGAGUUUUGGGACCACGUUGAGUCGCCAUCCGUGUGGAAGGAGGAGCCUCACAAAUUGAUCACCAACCUCCUUGCCCGCGCUCUUAUCUGCGGAGUUGAAAGAGGUAGCGAGGAUUACGCUAAAGUUAGUAAUCCUGCAGGGUUUCUUCAACAGAUCCUGGCGGUUGAUGAGGCUACCGUAUAUCAGUCUCGAGGAAAUGAUAUUGAUCAUAGUCUCUGCACGAAGUGCAGAAUCAAGAGUAUCGUUACUGAUAACGGUAGGAGGCAAGAGGCAUGGACAGGGGAGGACCAGGGCGGUGAGGCUCCUUGGAAACAGGCGGAUGGAGUCGCCAUGAACGGGGUGCGAAGGCUAAUCUUGGAGUCGCAUGUAAAUGCGGAUUUUUUGAGCUUUGGGCAGCCCAAUGGCUGGAUGUUUUUUGUGCUGUGGAAGGAUGUUUUGCGGGAAUGUGGGCUUUUUGUUAAGGAGUAUGAGAGGGUAGACCUGUUGCGUCGCAGAAGCCUCAGCUUGGAGGAGAUAUACGGCGGCAACUGGUAGGAGGUCGUCGGUAAUCAUCUUAAUAUCUGGGAUGCAGCUGAUAACUUUCAAUUCAGAAAAAAAAAAAAUAAAUAAAUAAAAAAACAUAAAAAACCCAAAAAAAAUAGAAAAAAAUUGAAAAAAAAUAAAAAUAAAAAUAACGAAAGAUUCUUUUUUAAAAAAAAUUCAUAUAAUUUUAGUUUAUCAUAUUAGUCAAUCUAGCUGAAGAAAAGCCAUACAUGUAGCUCAUAUUGUAAAAGAGUGGUCAAGAUACGUACAUC